AUGCAGCUCAGCCUGAGGAAUGCCCUGAGACCCAACUUCCAUUGGACCCUGCCUCAUUCUUGGUGCACGGAGAGAUGUCGCCCUGGAUACGCCAAGUUGACUAAGGAAGGAGAGCCUCCCUGCUGCUAUGAUUGUGCUCCGUGUGCGGAAGGGACAGUCUCCACUCAGGAAGAAACUCCAAUAGUCAAAGCCAACAAUCGCAGCCUCUCCUAUGUUCUCCUCAUCUCCCUCCUGCUUUCAUUUCUCUCCUCUUUUCUCUUCAUCGGUCAGCCCCAGAAGGUGACCUGCCUUCUCCGACAAACAGUUUUCAGCAUCAUCUUCUCCAUUGCCAUCUCUUCUGUGUUGGCCAAGACUGUCACUGUGGUGGUGGCCUUCAUGGCCUCACAGCCAGGCAGCAGGAUGAGGAAAUGGCUGCGGAAGAGCUUGGCCAACUCCAUUAUCUUUUCCUGUUCCGGUAUUCAAGUGGGCAUCUGCACUCUCUGGCUGGGCAUCUCUCCCCCCUUCCCAGAGGCUGACAUGCACUCCCAGUCUGGACAGAUCGUCCUGCAAUGUAACGAAGGGUCUGUCACCAUGUUUUAUGCUGCCCUCGGCUACAUGGGCUUCCUGGCCACCGUCUCCUUCAUGGUGGCUUUCCUAGCCAGGAAGCUGCCUGGGGCGUUCAAUGAAGCCAAGCUGAUCACCUUCAGCAUGUUGGGUCCUUACCACCAAACGGGUCCAGAGAAGGGCAAGAAAGACGGUGAAGGGGCUGGAGACCAAGUCCUAUGA